GCUCCAGAGUCUGUUUAUGUUUUUCUAUGUAUAUUUUUGAGUAGAACGCCUAAAAGAAUACUAAAUAUAUUGCUUCUUUUUUAUUUAGUAGCCAUUCCUGUUAAAGUAUAAUUCAUGAGUAUGUUUAAAAGUAAAAAUGAAGGCAAUAUUUAUAAGUGCACGGUGAGAUUGUUAGACGACACGGAGUUAAUCGAAUGCGAAUUCCAGCCAUUUCACAGAGGGAAUUACUUGGUCGAAUAUAUUUGUGAUCAGCUGAACAUUAAGGAAAGAGACUACUUUGGACUACGAUAUGUGGACAAUUCCAAGCAAAGGCAAUGGCUAGACCUUGGAAAACCAAUUUUGAAGCAGAUCAAAGAUCUAGAUCCAAUGCUUUUUUCCUUCCGUGUUAAGUUUUACCCCGCUGAUCCGUUUCGGUUAACAAAUCAAGGACGUACUAUGUUAUAUCAGCAAUUAAAACGAGACUUGAGACAUGGACGUAUAUAUUGUUCUGUUGGGGAAGCUGCAGCACUUGGAUCUCUUAUAGUUCAGGAAGAACUCGGAGAUUAUAACGAGGAAAUUCAUGUCGAAAACUAUGUAGCGUCUAUGAAUUUAGCUUUGCGGCAAACCGAAUCCCUUGAGAGGAAAAUCAUUGAACUUCAUAAGAAACGUGAACCCCGACAAAACCCCAGUGAAGUUGUAAACGAAUUCUUAAGCAUUGUUAGCAGCUUAGAAACUUAUGGUAUCGAUCCACAUCCAGUAAAGGACCAUCGAGGAUCCCAAUUGUACAUUGGUAUCAACUAUACGGGUAUAAGCACAUUUAUUUGCGGUAAACGUUCGCAGCAUUUUCGUUGGAACGAAGUACAAAAAAUUAAUUUUGAGGGCAAAAUGUUUAUUGCUCAUUUGAGCUACACUGAUGCAAGUAGAGAAGCGAAAAAGCAUACGGUGGGGUUUAAAUGCUCAACAAAUAGUACAUGCAGAUAUUUGUGGAGAUGUGCGCUGGAGCAAAUGUUAUUUUUUACACUCCCUAAUAGCCAAAAUGCUGCUGUUGUAUCAGGUGGAGGUUUUUUUUCGUGGGGAACAAAAUUUAAAUAUACAGGUCGAACUGAACGCGAAAUUCUCACUGAGAGUAUAAAUGCACUGCGCGAACAAAAAUUAAACAGUUCAGGAAUAAAUAAUAGAAAGGCCAGCAGUGUGCCUGCAACGCCGUCUAGUCCUCCGGGUGACUUUGAGCAAAUAAGAUACAGCAGUUUACCGCGAUCUACGAUGUCGGAACCAUUAACUUAUUGCAAAGUGCCAGGAUCUGAUUGUGCACAUAACAUUGUUUUAUACCAAGGCCAGGGCUACGGUGACACAGAUACGCCAAUAAUACAGCUCCCAUGCCUUGAACCCGUUUCGGAGGAAUCGAAAUUAAUAUAUUCCUCUAAAUUAAAUAAAACCAAUCACGACAGCAUUAAUUAUUAUUUGAGAUGUGAAGACAACGUAGUAUAUUCACCUACUAUGUCUAAACCUUCAGCGACUGAACUGAACAAGAAUAAUAAAGCUAAUUUAGAUAGCUCGAAAACAUAUUUACUAAACAAAAAUAUAGAUAAUAGUGUUUUUGGAUCUACAAAAAUCGCUCAAAAUAUUAUACACCAGAAGUCCUCUAAAAGUGCAAAGCCCAUACGAAAAUUCCGUUUCAUCAAUGCAUUUAUUCCAUCGGUGAUGUGUGUUAUAAUAUUAAUGACAGUGUUUGCAAUAUUUGUGAUAGAGUCCAAGUCUAAUUUCCUUCAGAAUGUUCGCAAUUUACCAGAAAUGAUUAGUUUACGAUAUCAAUACUAUCAACCACUUAAAGAGUAUGUAUUUAGUAAACUGGGAAUAAAAUUUUAGAUAUUGUGGAACCAACAAAAACUUUUGUUUCAUUGAAAUAGAUAAUUCAACCUGCGAUAAAUAAUCUCAAGGGAUUUUUCUCAUAAAGUUAAGAGUAAAUAGGGAGAACAUUUCUUUCAUUUUUUAAACAAUGUAAGAUUAUGUAGGUUUUAAUUGUAUAAUUUCAUUAAUUACAUUUUAUCUUUAGUAAUAUUUUAUACAAAUUUCGGCUUAACGCUAGUUAUUAAAAACUCCUUUCUAUAUCGGGUAAGUGGAUCAGGGCUUAGCCCGGGUCUUGAACUCAGAGUUUCGGGUCAAAAAUCUGGGGUCCCAGUUCCGUACCCCAAGAAAAAGAUAUUUCCCCGGAAUCAGGGUAAAAAUACCUACCUCUGGAAAAAAUUUCGAAAAAAUCGAAGAGUUUUUACUCAACUAAAAUUGUUCCCAAAUUUCUAAGGUAAUAAUAUUUAAUAUUUAUUUAAUUUGAAUUCUUUAGAGUUUAGAUUAAACACUCGUAAUAUUUCAAUUAUUAUAAAUUUACAUUUUAGUUUAGAUAUUGCAUUUUAAUUUAGAUAUUUUAUAGAGUUUAGUAUGCAGCUUUUGUUCGUUUUAACUGUUUAUGUGUCAGUAAAGUUCUUAUUGUCGCAAUAAGGCCUACAGGGAAAAUCAUUUUUGAUUAACGCAUACUUGUUCUUUAUUUUUUUGAUUCGACCUAUUUUCCCUUUUUGCAGAAGGCACUAAAGAUUAAUAAAGUCGUGAAAUGUGCAUUUAAAUAGUGACAAUAGCAAAUAAAUUAUAGCAUUAUUGAAUUUGAACUUAUCUCAGUCCACUCAUUGUAGUUCCGCAAUAAUACAAAAAUUAUUUAAAAAAAGACAAAAAACAACAAAUAUUUUUGGGCGCCAAUUAUUGUUUAGCUCCAAAAACCUGUAUGACUAUACGAAAACUAUUUAAGACAGUUUUAAACUGUUAAAACCAAAAAUAGAACCUAUGGACAAAUCAAAUUUUAUAUACAAAAAAAAAAAAAAAUAAAA